GCAAGUAUCUAUAAAUAUGGAUUCUGUGUAUUUAUUAAGGUGCAAUAGAGAUGGGGGAGCAGGAUGAAGAAGUUGGAAGGGAGUUGGAAAUUAUUAGUACUACUAAUGAUGCUUUUCCGUUGAUAAGCUCACCUGUUUCAAAUUACUGGCAAAUAUGGGAGGAGCCUGGUAUGCUCUAUUUUGCUUCUUCUUCCAUACCUGCUUCUCCAAUGGAGAACCUAACUCUCUGGAAUCAUCACGAAUCUGGUCAAGCUGAACCUUUUGAUGCCCAGCUUCAAGAGGAUGAUGUGUCGAUGAAUGAUUGGCGGUUUGAGUUUCUACCGGACUCCCGCCAAAUAAUUGCCAACAAGCUCAUUAAAUAUUUAAGGAGGCAUCGUGAUAUCCGGACAUUUGAACAAGAGGAACUUCGAAAAAUUGUUAUGAGGUUUGAGGAAAAGAUAUUUACUAUUGCUACAAGUAAGACAGAUUAUCUGCGGAAGAUAGCUUUGAAGAUGCUGAGUCUGACUAUGAAGACAAAAUUCCAAAUUCAUGUCUGCGACGAAACAGUACUGCAAGUAGUAGAUGAAAACUCCAAAGUCCAGAAUGCUAAAUCUCCACUUCAUAAUCUACAAAGUGGAGAAUUAGGCAAUAUACAGGAAAUGGAUAAGAAAUUGAAAAAGAAGUGGGGAAUUGUUGGAUCAAUUAGUUUAGACGACCUUAAACAGCAUUUUGGCAAGAAGCGUGAAGAGGCUGCAGAAAGCCUUGAUGUGAGUGUCUCCACAUUUAAGCGAAUUUGUAGAGAAAACGGAAUCCUCCGAUGGCCAUCUAAAAAAAUAAAGAGAGACAGGGUUUUACUCUCCAAUAUAAGCAGCAGUGAAACUGUCCCAGUAGCUAAUGGCCCACGGAUAUCAAUCUCCACUGCUCCAACUGCAUUUGCAUCUACCAAUGUUCUAGUCAAUUCCAAUCAGCAGAAAUCAUGGAGUUCUAAUCUAUCAGUAGAUAAAGAAAUUGGAACAUCAUUAAAUGAUCAUGGUGACGAGGAAAACAUUAUGAUUCAAGAAGGGGACUCAGCCAAUCGAGAAGUCGUGUACAAACCACAGGAACUCGAGCCUGCCUGUGAUGGGACUAGUCAUUUGGAGAAACAGUACUUGGGAAAGGAAAGACUCAGUUGUAAUACUGAAAAGGAGGUCAUUGUCUCCGUGGAAGGCUCAUCAUCUUACGAUUUUAGAAAUGUUUCGGAGCCAAAUCAGGGUCAUCUCGCUGUUUUUGCUUCGUUCUGGCAAGUUGAUAAAGAUCAAUUGAUCUCCAUGGAUGACUUGGAGUCUGAUUGUAUUAAUUCUCAAUCUACGCUUGAAUCAAUAUCUGAACCUUCACUACAAAAUGAUGCAAGGAGGAUGAAGUUGAAUUUCGACAAGUUGAUUACGCUGCCUCUAGAGGAUCUCACUAACCCAAACCAUGAAGCUUCCAUGAAAGAAGCUUUGCCCAUACUUGCUGACAACCUCUCAUUGUUUAGAGAUGAACAAGCCAAACAACUUUUGGAAUUUCAGUUCGACUUUCCAAACAUCACGAAUUCCUGGAGAGAUUGUUCUCAGAGCAGAAUCGAUUGUCAAAAUUUCUUGGCUGAAUUUGAGAAUACUAAGUCAUUGUUGGAAACUUCAACUAAAGAGGAGGAUGAUCUUAAGGAUAAAUAUACACAACUAGAGAACAAGGAGAAUGAAAUGAUGGCACAAUUGGAGGCAAUUCGAAAGGAGAAAAACGAGAUAACUAAACGGAGGAGUGAAAAAUUUAACCAGACCAAGCACUUGGCUGCUUUGGCAGAAGAGCAAGGAGGUAGAACUAAAGAUAAAGAGCUGCAGAUGACUAUUGCUAGUAAUAAAUUAGACAACUUAAAGAGACAAUGGGUUUCAGUCCAAUCUUCCUUUAAUUAGGUUCAAUUCUUCCUUCUGGUUUUCUCAAUGGUUGAGUUGUACUUGCCUUUUAAUUUUCUCUGUGUGAUAUAAUGCCUUUAUAAUGUUGUAUGUUUAUGUUCACAGAGGUCUUCUGGAUUGUGAGUGCUUUAAAAAGAGUUAUACUAUGUCCUCUUUUUCUCUUU